UGCUUCUACCUAAGCCAGGGCGUUAAGCGGUCAAGUUCUCCUACGUAGGCAUCGCGUUCGCUCGUGUAUUGCUGUGGGAUUCGAAGCGGAAAUAGCGAAGCACCCUACCGCCAUGAUAGACUCCAAAAGACAAAGGCUCAAAAGGCCCACUCUUCUUUCUCGGACUCGCCCACCAACAAUCAAGCCAGGCCACGCAAGCCUCUCGUCAAAAGCGACCCGAAACCUCAUUCGCUCACAUCACAGACUACUCAAAGCACGAACGCAGGCUUCGCAGACCGGCGAUGCAGCCUCAGUGGCUAAAAUUGAUGCCCAGAUCGAAGAAAACGGUGGUUUGGAAAGCUACCAACUUGCGAGCAAGCUGGGCCAGUCGUCCACUCGCGGUGGUGAUUCCAGCAAACUUCUGGUUGACUGGCUAGCCCCACGACUACAGCCACUGGAAGGCAAACAUUACAAAUAUCGUGUGCUCGAAGUUGGAGCGCUUAGCACCAAAAAUGCCUGUUCCUUGAACCAAUCGCUUGAAGUCACUAGGAUCGAUCUGAAUUCCCAGGAGGCAGGCAUUUCGAAGCAAGAUUUUAUGGAAAGGCCUCUUCCAGAACACGUGGGCGACCAAUUUCAUGUUAUCAGUCUCUCUCUAGUCCUCAACUAUGUACCGGAUGCCCUCGUCAGAGGUGAAAUGUUGAAGCGCUGCACAUCUUUUCUGGUCAAAUCGCCACCAUCUGGUCUUUGUCAAGAUGCAUGCUCUUGCUUGUUUCUCGUUCUGCCAGCCGCCUGCGUUUAUAAUUCUCGCUACCUUACGGAAGCCCGGCUGUACGAUAUAAUGUCAAGCAUGGGGUUUAUUCUGUCAAACAGCAAGAAAACUCAUAAACUUAUCUACCAACUCUGGGAAUAUACUGGUAAUUCCAACCCCAGGUCUUUCGCCAAGGAAAUGCUGAAUCCUGGCAAGGUCAGGAACAAUUUCGCCAUCAUUGUCAAAUGACACAUCCGUGGCAUAAGGCAUUAACGCAGAAGAAUAAGGCAUUAACGCAGAAGAAUAAGGCAUUCAGUGUCCGGAGCCUCACAAUGCAGAAAUGGUUUCCUGCGGUAUAAAGGACCAGGCAGUCCCAAUGAGCGCUAGUAUCGAAGAAAUGACUAGCAAAGACCAGUUCAGUAGUCGCUCUCGUGGGCUAAUCUCUUUGCCGAAGAUCUUCAAGUGAAAUGCCAGCGGCAGGAUAAUGCAUAUUGUGAAGCACAGAGCCGAACCCAUCAGCGCCAUAAUUCUGUCGAAUGACGGGAAGAGAACUGCCAUGCAAACAAUAAGGACGAUCACCGCUAUACGUAUCGCGGCUUUCGAAGCCUCGCGCAGCACAGAUUUCAUCGCUCCAUGCUGGCUUGAUUGUCCUUCCGGACGCGGAACAAGUCCACAAAGAACCUCGAUGGUAGCCACGAGAGGCCGGCAG